AUGUUGAGUAGGACGAACAUUCAGGAAGCUAACAAGCACCUGCAUGCUAUGCACCAACGUAUAGCGUCGCUGGAGAACACGAUACAACACCAGAACCAGACUCUUAUUGACAGGGACUUGAUGUACCAGCAACAGUUUCAGCAGUUGAAAGCUGGUAAAGAGGAAGAAGUCAAGGAACUCCAGAGCAGGCUACAUGAAGAAGAACACAAUUCUAAGGAGAAGGACGGACUGCUGGACGUCCAGAAACAAUUAACAGAAGAAAAGGAUUUAAAAAUCAGAGAUCUGGAAGAAAAAGUUGAUAUACUAAACCAAGUUUUGCAAUUUUUACCAAACCUGAAGUCUAUGGUUGGUGUGCUUGAUUCUGUGAAUCAUUCAGAGACUCUAAUGAAUGGAGAUGUAGAGAGUAUGCAUGGAAAUCUAAGAACAAAUUACUCAAUGUCGCACACACCAAGAGCUUCUUCACUGGCUAAACAUUAUGUGACUAACCCUAGGUCUAGAAACUUUUCAAUUUCGGAAGAUAGUGAUGAGGAUCACCUACCAAAUACUGAUGGAGGACCCCAGACAGGUUUAAACACUGAUCCAACAGACCACAAUGAACCCCCCAUCAUAGAAUCUCAGGACACACUACAGGGGAAAGAAUACUAUCUAUAG